CCAAACGGCCCUUAAAUGAGAGCAAUCUUGGUCCUAUUCUUUUCGAUAAGACUCCAUCUUGCUUUCACCCUCUUCUUCUUCUCCAAUAAUCUAGAUUACUAACUCAAGAUCUAAAGUAAAACACAAGCUUAGAGGAAGAUAUGGAGGUUGAUCAUUUCAGUCAUGAGCAUCCGUUGACCUUCAUUGAAAAUGAGAAACAAAUUUCACGAAAGCACAGGAAGAAGAAUAUUUUAUGCAAAGGGUGCCAGAAAUUCUGCACUUUUCCACUCUACGCUUGCACCCAGACCCAGUGCUCGUUUUAUCUGCACAAAUCAUGCGCCGAGCUCCCAACGGAGUUCCAAAAUCCCUUUCACCCACAUGGACCUCUCACGCUACGCUUCGAUCCCAGUAAAUCAUUUCCCUGCAGGGCUUGUUUUAAAAGUUGCAUUGGCUUCUACUUUCACUGCGAGGUACGCAAAUUUGACCUGCAUCUUGAUUGUGCUUUUCUAAUGACCACUGCAGAAGAAGAAGAACAACAGCAAGGCUGUAAGCAACUACAACACUGUAUCCACUUGCAUCCACUGGUACUUGUUGACAAGAAGGAUGAGGUAGUUAAUCAAAUUAAAUGCUUUAUAUGUGGGGAACAUUGCUUCGCUGCUUGCUAUGGCUGUGACCCUUGUGGUAUCUCUCUUCACAAACCAUGUGCUGAAUUCCAGUACCCACAAGAAAUCCAAAACUUCACUCACUCAUGCCCUCUCACCCUCCAAACUCGAGUCCAUCCCUUUCGCUGCCAAGCCUGUGACACUUGUAUGAUGGGCAUUUCUUACCGCUGUGAGCAGUGCAGGUUUAAUAUUGAUGUUGAAUGCGCCUUAUUAAGGAGCAUAAAAUCUGAUGACGGAAAGCAAAUUAAACAUUUCAACCACAAGCAUCCCUUGACUCUCAUUGAGAAAUUAGGGGAUGGUGACCAAGUUCAUUGCUUCGUGUGUGGACAAGGCUGCUUAGGAACAACCUACUACGUAUGCAACAAAUAUGAAGGGGAAUUUUCACUCCAUGAAUCCUGUGCUGGUUCUGCUCCGAGGAUCUAUGACUUUCCUCCACCCAGACCACCCUCUAUCCCUGCUUCUUAGGCCAACCAAUACAACCCCAGUCAAAUUUCGAUGCAAUGCGUGCUGUGGCGAUUGCUGUGACUUGACCUACCGAUGUGAGCUCUGUGAUUUUAACUUGCAUAGGGAACGCACUGGACAAGUUCCCACCAUAAAAUAUGAAAAUCAUAGACACCUUCUCUUACUGGGGCCGAAGAUGGGGGCUGAAGUUAAGUGCAAUGCCUGUGAAAGCACCUGUGAUUCUUUAAUAUUCCGUUGCCCUCAGUGCGAUUUCAAUCUUGAUGUUCAAUGUGGUCCAUUACCAUUUACCAUCAAACAUAAAUGUCAUGUAGAUUCUCUCACCCUUACAGAUUCCCCUGUUGAAGACGAUUCAGAUGAUGAACUCUACUGUGAUGUUUGCGAGGAAAAAAGAAAUCCACGAUUUCCAUUUUACUAUUGUGCAGAUUGUUAAUUUGUAGCUGCGGUCUCAUGUGUGAUCUCUGAGGUUAUGCUAUGGCUCAAAGGAGAAAAUGGGGAUGUGGAGUUGAGGUCACCUGAAGGAAAAUUUGGUGGAAAGGUGAUCAUCGAAAUAACAGAGGCAAUGAAGAUGUGCAAAAAAGAAGCAGAAGAAGCAACCAAAAUACUUAAUGAUCCAGAAGCAGAGGAAAUGCAGGCUCUGCAUGAUCUACUAACUUUGGAUCGAUUAUUAAAAUAUGAAAAUGUGUCGCGUCAUCUGGAAGUAGGAUAUGGAAUCAGAAGACAAAUUAAGCCACAAAUAGGGGGAACGGGUGUUUUAACCUGGAAUGAUAUAUUAUCUUCUUUCAGUGAAGAUGAGAAAAAGGAAUUGAAGGAAGUUCUAAUGACAGAAGAUGUACAGGAAGAAAGUAUCGAUGAAGAGAACUCAUCGGAUAGCCUAGAUAAUUCCUUGUUUUUGGACAAAGCAUUCACAGAUUUAAAGCAAAAGCUUGGAUCCGGGCCUAAGCAAUUAAUGGACUUAUGGAACAGAGAGAAGAAGGUUGUUAAUGUAAGGGAUUACUUAGUGCCUCAGAGCUUGGCCCCUAUCCUAGAAAGCUUGUUUGAGAAAUAUGGGGAUGUGGGUGCUGAGACCAAUUUAUCUUCUAGGGUAAAGAUGUAUCUAAUUGUCAUAUUAUGUGGGACCAUAGAUAGUGUGUGCUGCACCAGAAUUUUGGAUAUCACAGAAGAUAAACUAUUGAAUUGGAUGCAGUACUUGAGGGCUCUGGAAUAUGCUGGGUUCAAAAUUCAGUUUGUUCAUGAUCAGUGGAUGAGAGUUACAAAAGCUUACUUUGGACUUCAGCUUAGAAAACUAGAAGAUGACACCCUUCAGGAACUUGAAACAGAUAUCACAAAGUAUGAUGCAAAAGUCAAGGAACUGACUACAAAAUUGGAGCUUAUGAAAGACAAACAUAAGCGUAUAACAUCUGAAAAAUCUGGGAAAAGGUCGAGCUUAAUCGAGGAUUGCUUGAGAGCGGCUGCCAAGUUGAAGUGGAAGAAAGCUGGCGCGGGUCUAAUUAAGCUGGGCUAGAAAAUCUGUAUAAGAAUGUUUUUAGUGUUUUUAUUGAAAGGAUGUUAAAUUUUAAGAACAUGUAAUCAACGCAUUUAUGAAGGUCAUUAUGUUAGUGUU